AUGGAGGCAGCGAACAGGGAAUUGCUUAAUCUUGAAAUGUGCACCUCACCGUACGCUUGUCGGAACUUCUUGUUUGAGUUGUCUAAAAUCAUACGAUCCAACGGCCAGCAAGCUAUCGCACCUCGCGCUAAAGCACGAGUGUUAGCUAUCAGAAUCUUCAUCUGCUCCCCGCAAAAUACAAAAAAUCCCAUCUCCUACAACACCCCAGCCGAGUCACUCUUCCACGCAUCUCUCGUGAAUAGUCCCUUUGUGACCCAAAACCCCAACGAAGCUCACCUCUUCUUCGUUCUCUUCCCCUCAGAUUUCUCCACGCGGUCCAUCGCGCGCUUUGUUAGAGACCUCCGCAUGGAGCUCCCUUACUGGAACCGCACACUCGGUGCUGACCAUUUCUAUAUGUCCUGUGCCGGUAUCGGCUAUGAAUCGGACAGAAAUCUCGUUGAGCUAAAGAAAAACUCGAUUCAGAUCUCGUGCUUCCCUACUCCCUACGGCAAGUUUAUUCCUCAUAAGGACAUAACCCUACCUCCCUUCAAUCCCCUGCCACACUCACUUCCUCAAGCUCCGGUCAACAAAACGGCAACAUUUCUCGGCUAUUUCAGGUCAUACGGGGAUAGAGGCGACGGCGAGUCACAGUCAUCUUUAGUCAACGACUUGAGUGGUGAUCCUGAGUUUGUGAUCGGUUCAAAUGCGUCCGAUCAGCUUACUCACAUGGUGAGACUUGCAAGUAGUAAGUUUUGCUUGUUUUUCUAUGCUGUCGAUGUAUCGGGGAUCGGAGACGCGCUGCGUUUCGGGUGCGUGCCGGUGGUGAUAACCGAGGGUCCGAUUCAAGAUCUGCCGUUCCUGGACGUGAUCAGAUGGUCGGAGAUUGCGGUGUUCGUCGGAACCGGAGGAGGGGCAAAGGAGCUGAAGCACGUGCUGGAGCGCACGUGCAAGGAUGGAUACGAGCGAAUGAGAGGAUUGGGAAUGAAAGCGAGUCAACACUGGGUUUGGAACGAGUCACCACAGCCAUACGACGCCUUUCACACAGUGUUGUUUCAGCUGUGGUCGAGACGGCAUGCCAUCAGAUACGCUCGGAGAGAAUGGGUUUAA